UAUUUGCUGGAUUUCAGGAGCAGCCGUGUUAUUUUUAUCGAUUGUGAACGGAUCUGAAGUUGAGAACGUGUAAACGAUGGCAGAAACAGAGAAAGGAGAAUUGGUGAAGAUGGAGGUGGACUACACCAAUGCUUGUGACGAGAAACUACCAGUAGCUGAAAAAUUAGCUACGGACGGAGAUCUCAGUGGUGCAUUGGAGAUAUUGAUGGCUUUGGAAAAGCAGACACGAACUGGUGCUGACACGCAUUCUUUGAGUCGUGUGCUUGUAGCAAUUGUCAAAAUCUGUCGCAAUGCUGGAGCGUGGGAUCUUCUCAAUGAGAACAUCAUUCAGCUCUCGAAACGAAGAAGUCAAUUGAAACAAGCUUUGGCGAAAAUGGUUCAAGAAUGCUGCUCAUUUGUUGAUGAAAUGCCGGAUAAAGGAACGCGUUUGAAAUUAAUCGAAGUUUUGCGUACUGUCACCUCCGGAAAAAUCUACGUCGAAGUCGAGCGAGCCAGAUUGACGCAUAAAUUGGCACUCAUGAGAGAGGAGGAAGGAAAUAUUGAGGAAGCCGCCACAAUCAUUCAAGACUUGCAAGUCGAAACAUUCGGCUCCAUGGAUCGCAGGGAGAAAGUUGAACUUAUCUUGGAACAAAUGAGAUUUUGUCUGAUGCGUAAAGAUUACGUUCGAACUCAGAUAAUUUCGAAGAAGAUCAACACGAAGUUUUUCGACGACGUGUCGGCGAGUGACUUGAAAUUGAAAUACUAUGACUCAAUGAUCGAGUUGGACGAACAUGAAGAGUCUUUCUUGGAUACGUGUAAGCAUCAUCGAGCGAUUUACAACACAGCUAGCAUUAAGGAAGAUAAAGCUAAGCGGGAAUUGCAUCUGAAGAGCGCCAUUCUGUUCCUACUCUUGGCCUCUCACGAUCCAGAGCAAAAUGAUCUACUGAGACUCAUGGAGAAUGAGAAGGGUCUGGAGGAUCUGCCAACCUACCGAGAAUUGUUGAAGCUUUUUAUUUCGCCCGAGUUGAUUCGCUGGAAGAGCUUAUGUGAUACUUACGGCGUUGAACUCCGUGAGGGAAAGACUGAUUCACCGCCGACAAGUUUGUUUCCCAAGACGGAAGAUGGUGAAAAACGAUGGGAAAUGUUUCAUCGCCGAGUGGUUGAGCACAAUAUUCGUGUGAUGGCGCAAUACUACACAAGGAUUACGCUAGCGAGAAUGUCGCAGCUCAUUGAGCUUCCAGUGGAUAAAACCGAGCAGUUCCUUUCCGACUUGGUUUCAAGUGGCACUGUGCAGGCUAAAACCGAUCGUCCAUCCGGAAUCGUCAGCUUCGCUGCUCAUCGAGACCCGAAUUCCGUGCUGAACGCCUGGUCGAAUAACCUUAAUUCAUUGAUGGGCCUCGUGAGCAAAACCACUCACUUGAUUAACAAAGAAGAGAUGAACAUGUCUAAUACGGAGAAUAAGAAACGAGAUGAAUCUCCGGAUGCGCUUGAAGGCGAGCCGACGGAUGACGACCGACAAAGCAGUGCAAGUUCUAGAUCUUCAAGUUCAUCAGCUUAUGAUGACGUAUCUCCCGAUUCUAAAUACGACCUUUUGCGAGCAGCAGAAGCCGGAAAUAUGGAAGACGUUCUUCGGAUAUUGGCCGAAAAUCCCGAGAGAGUUAAUCUCGCAGACGAGAAUGGGUACACGGCAUUGCAUCGGGCUUGCUAUAGUGACCAGCACGAGAUUGUGAAGGUCUUGAUAGCAAACGGAGCCGAUUACUUGAAAAAAACCCAUGACGGAUGGGAACCUCUACAUUCUGCCGCACGUUGGGGAGCCACUCGCUGUGCGGAAAUUCUGCUUGAUCUUCCCAAUGUGGAUAUUAAUGCGCAAACAAACGGAGGGAUCACUCCGUUGCAUCUGGCUGUCCUGAAACCAAAUUCCAGGGCCCUCGUUGCCGAAAUCCUGUUGAAGCCCGAGUUGGACACGAGACUGCGUUCGGGCGGGGACAUGACCUCGUAUGAGCAAGCCCGUGGAGCAUGUGCGCUGUACAAACUUUUCGAAAUGUCUGAACCCAUGUUCAACCUAUGAUUUCUUCCCCUCCUUUUUUUUCUCUUUCCUGCUUGACAAAAGAUUAAAUUUUUGUUGGGAAAGAAGAAUGAAGCAGCUUGAUGAAUUUUGGGAAGUAAGGAGCGUUUGUUGCAAGUGCUGAUGGUGAGGUUGAUUAUUGUUCAUGAUAUAUGAGAAGAAUUCGUUGUUUUUCAUGUGCGCAUUUGUUUCUGAACCUCGAGCUGAAAAAAAAAGAAUUAUUCUUGAGACAUUUUUUAAAACUCGUUCGCUACCAGUAGCUACCGCGUUUCCCGCAAAAUGUGGACUAAAAAAAUGUAUUCUCGAAAAAAUGUUGACGCCACCUCAACAUGCGAACUUCACAGAGGAAUUUUUUUUAGAAGGAAAGAAAAAUUUCAGAGUCACAAUGUUUGUUCCAUGUUCUCCAUCCUUUGAAUUUUUUACGGAUACUUAGUUUGAGUGAUACAAUUGGUGUUGCAUAAUUAAGUCAUUUUGAUAGUCGUGGUGCGUAAUUCAUAGUGAUUUUAGAUUACUGAGAGGAAGGAGAUUUACCUUGCACUUGCUGUGCAUUAUAAAUUAAAAUCCGCACGAACUUGUCUCAGUUUUUCUCGUCAGUUACGCAUGGAGAGUAGAACUUUUGUAUUCAAAAUGAUUUUACAUUUUUGAUGAGGUGAUGAUUUUUAUUUUCAGAAUUUGUGUGCUAUGUGUAUUUACCGACUUCGCUUUAAAUAGAAGCAUAUUUUUAAUCUUCAAAGAUUUGUAUUGGAUUAAACGAUUUUAUUGAGGGUAAUGAUAGGUGGCGCUAAAUUCACUCAUAAGUAUUUAUGCGUAUAAAUUAUUUUAUCUACUCUCAAUCGAUCGUAUGACCUAGUCUCUUUUUUUUGAAACGGUAGAUAAAAUUGAAGUUCCGGAAGCUUUUAUCGACCAUUGGUUCUUCAGAAUUCCACCUUAUGUUUCCUUCGAUUUCUUCUCGAAUACUUCCGGGGUAGAUGAAUGAAUCUACAGUCAAGUACAGUAUAAACUGGUAGUUGCGCGGUUUUUGAUGCUUUCCACUCAUUUUCCGAUCAGAGAUCAAGGGAUGGAUUCUCCCAAUGAUCAAGAGACCGUGAUGGCUUCGUGAUUCGCGUUUCCUUUAUCUUGACGCGACUUACGACUGAUCUUCUGGCGGGUGUUGUUGAGAAGCCCUUCUCGGAAAAAUUUUCUUUCUUUUUGUCGACGGGAGACAAGUGCCUUUAUUCCCAGUCGGGCCGAAAAUAGUGUUUACACCGGUCAGUAUUCCGGUAAUUUGUUGAUUUUGGGGGGAGGGGAACGGUAAAAAUUCUAUUGUUUUUUUUAUGACACUUUUGAGGGCAUGUAAGGGUAGGUUUGAAGUCAAAUUUGAGAGUCUUCGUUGUUUCGGCGUCUGAGGAAAUCCGCAAAUGAUUUGUACCCGUUUUCGGAAAUGAAUGGAAAGAUUUUUCGUCUGAAAAAAA